GCCAACCAUAAACCCCCCGGCUCCAGUCCCAACAUUUCAUCACAUUUUUCAAGGGGCAGCCUGAUUUCAGCAAGUGCGUUUCCUAUCCUUUCUUCUUUAAAUCCCUCGAAAACUGCAUCCAUGAGGAUUUGUCAUAGUGGCGUAAGGCGGGUCACAGCCAGGAAACGCGUCUCAUCUGAUCGGUGGAUUUGCCAUACUGGACGGGAAGUGGAAAGCGGAAGGUGAUGAGAAAACACGCCGCUGGUUUGGAAAAAAGUUGGGAUUGUUUUCAGGAAUGUCUUUGCGACCAAAGAUGUUAGCGUCGUGAGGUUGGAGUUUGCUCAAGAUUUACCACACCCGACGAUGUCUUUAAGCACAUUAGGAGGGGUGUUGGUGGACACACCAAGUGAUUUAAGUGUACAGUCUCUAUUGGCAACUCAUUCUAAUUUGUUGUCUCAGACAGCUUUUUUGCCUUCACCUACAACUGAGAUAACUUUAGAUGAGGAUGAUGUGUUCCAAUGUGGAAGAUGUAAAGAAGUAUUCACAUCGUUUCAUCAAUUUAUGUUACACAAGCAAGACCAUCAAAUAGCAUCUUCAUCUUCAAGAAUAUUGAAUGAGAGUUUGGCUCUCAACAUAAGUAGAGAUCUGAAUCGUAACUUGAACACCACAGCAUCCAGCGAACAUGAAGCGGAGACAUGUCUAUCAAGUACCCAGCUGCUGAAAGAUACAACUUGUGAAGAGUUUGAUCUGUCAGAAAGUCUGAGAGUUGGAGGGCAGAAUGACACAAAUAACGUUUUAAGCUACAAUUCACUUGGUGGUUCAGCUUUUGAUGACCUCUCUGAUGACAUCGGUCAGCCAUUGCUGCUCUCUGAUGCUGACAGCUUAAACUUUCCAAUUGAGCAAAGUAUUUUGAAUCUGAAUGAUGCUAAUGAGCUAUCCAGUAAUUCCUUUGCACCCUCGUCUAUUCGUCACCUGGGAACCUCCUUGCUUCCACAUAAACUUUUGUCAGAUGAAACUUGUGCAUCUAACAAUAAUGUUUGGUUACCUGCUCAAAAAGGUGAUUCUGGUAAUAGCAAUUUCAUCACAUCUAGAUUUUCUGAUGAGCAGAAUUUUUUCGCUGAUGCUAAAAAAGUUACAGACAACAUUAACUUCAGCAAUCAUAAUCUUUUGACUGAAAUUUCAUAUCCCGGUGAAAAACAAAUGUACCUGAAUGAAGCAUCAACAAACUCAGAAGAUAUUACCAUAUCUGGAAGUUUAUCAACUGCAGUACUGCCUUCUGAACAAUUGCUGCUUGAAACAAGCAAAGACUACUUAAGAAGUUGUGAACUCCUUGAAGAAUUUGAGUCCACUAAUCAACACGAACUUCUGGAUUCUGCUAGUCUUGAGUCUACGAAUGUCAUGAAUAUUGGUUUGCCACUUCUCUCCGAUUCUUCAGUGGUGUCGUCACUUGUGAACAGUACAACCCCGAAUUCUGAGGUCCCACCUCUUGUUUCCCUUGCUGGUCAACAAAGCAAUCAGAAUUCCCAUUUGUUUGAAAAUGAUUCCAAUGCCCUGCAAGAGGGCCGUAAUGUCCCACAAACCUCUCUUGAAAUGGAAUGUAUGCCCCAAGAACAUGGUGAUGCCCCAUCAUGUACUUCUUCAAGGCCUCCUUGUGGCUUGCUUGGAUGUGUUUGCGAAAGCCUAGAUAAAUGCAGUUCCUUUGCUUCUGGUUGUGGCAGCUCUCCAAAAAACACAGUGAAGGAAUGCACUGGAGUUUCCAUGGAACCUUGUGAAACAAUCCCUCAAGAUAAUUCCUUUAUCAGUGGGAACCAGAACCAGCAAGUGGAGUCCACAGAACAGGUUACAAAAAAGAACAGUUCAGCGGAGAAUAAGGAGCUAUUGAAUCCGGAAUACACUUGCCAGGAUCUUCAGUUCAGGCGAAUUGAUCAAGGAACCAGCACAGGCAACCUUAUUUGUAAUAACCUCGAGGUGGACUGCAACUUCAAUUCUAAUCAUCAUUUUGAUAACAGGAGCAAAAAUUUUGUUGAUCUUAAGAACACGCGAAAGUCUUGCUUCUUAAGGACUGGCUCUUGGAAUGAAGAAGAAUCAAGCGCACCAGGAAUUGAAAAACCUCUAAAUGAAGUGGAUAAAUCCAAAUCUAAGUCUGAUUUAGCUGGAAAUGGUCAUGAAUCCCAUUUUGAAGUUUGUUCUGUUGCCUCCAUUAUGAAAGAAAUAGGCAUUCUUGAUACAAUUGAUAAAGGCCCUCCUGAUGAAGACUCGAGUGCUGCUGGUAUAGAACAGGACCAGGACUCAUCUGUUUCGGCAGAAAGUAAUCUCUCUCUCAGACCACAGACUGUUUGGAAGAGUGUCGAUGGCAGCAGUGAUAGUCUGUGGCCGAGUGCACUUGACCAUGACUACCAACUCGUCCAGAAAAAUGAUGUUAGUAAUAGUGUCAGUCAAGAACAAUCUGUCAACAAACCAACUGGCAACAAUACCCAUGACCUUAAAGUCACUGAGGAAGCUCAAAGUGACACUAAGCAGGAGAUAUUGUCAGGACACGCUAUUGAAGAUGAUAAUUGCACUCAGAGCAAUUUCUUUCCAGAAGUCAAAACUCGCAAAAUGGAAAAUAAUUUUCAGUGUGAGAACACCCCUUCUAAAGAUGAAACUCAAAGUUGUCUUAAUCUUAACAAGAUAUGUGAUAAUAGCAGCUCCUCGAGCAAUUGUGAACCCACACUUAGUGACUGUGAUACAUCUAAUUCCUGCAAUGCCUUCAAUGAAACUAACUAUGGCAAUAGUGACAUGAUGUCCGUAGAGCUUUUUAAUGAUGUGUCUCACCCCAGCAACAUUAUGGUUGAACUCGACUGUGAUUCAAAUCAAUCAAAUAUUAUUUUUAUUGAUCAUGGUAACUUUGUGGGUGAACAAGAAAUUAUAUUACCUGGACCUCAUGGUGACUCAAAUGAUGAAUUCGCCCAUUCCAUGGAGCACGAAGAUUUUUCUACAUCAGAAGAUAAUACCCUUUACCUUGGCAACAUUGCUCUUGAAGACAAUGUUCCUUUGCCAAUCUCUCCAAGCUGGAGCAAACAAGAAAGCAGUGAUCAAGAGCGAAAGCAGAGCUUAGAUGCCAAUGAAGCCAAACUGAAGAAACAUGGGCAGCUCCCAAUGUCUAGAACAAACAUUUCGAUGCAUGAUAGUGAAAAAGUCUCUGGCCAGUCCAGUAUCUCAUUACCCAAUUCACUUGCCAACAGCUCUGUUGAAAGACCAAAUACUCUUGGGAAAGAUGAAGAGUUUGAAGGAAUGUGCCUGCCCUCGGUGGACCUCUAUGAUUGUGUAUCAGUUGUUUACUCAGCAUAUGAGGAGGAGAGUACUACUUUCAGCAAACUUUGGAAUCCAGAUAUCAGGUUAUCCAGUGAACUAUUCCAUCUCGAGACAGAUACAACUGAUGCUGUUGAAAAUGGAGUUUUGUCCCAGGAAAAAUCGCCUUCUAAGAAGCGUAAAGAGAGUAAGUCAAAAGUAGACAAGUUUCAGAAAUCUGUUGCGAACAGUUCACAUAAAUUGUUGCAUGAAGUUUCUUUACUACCAUCUAAAGAAAUUAAAAAUGCCUCACCGUGUGGUGAUGACAAGUCUCUAACAAUUUUGAAGUCAAAUGCUACAGUGCCAAGAAAAAGCAUUGACGGUACGAAAGUUGAACCUUUCAAUUCAAACAUAUCUUCAAGAAUGAUUGAAAACAUAGAUAAAGAGAUGACCCUUGCCAAAAAAUUGGGGACACUGAAUAAAUCUUCAGAACCAUCUACCAUUCCUGUCGAUCAUGACAAGAAAAAUUCUUCUGUGAUCUUUUUCAAUACUGAUAAUUCAGCUAACCCUGUAAAAAAUUUGAAAAACAGCAGUACUUUGGAUUCAGCAGGGGAGUUGGAGAAUCCAGUAUCAGCUUCAGUUAACUCAAUCCCAACAAAAGCCUCAAGAGUACGAGAAAAUCUAUGGGAGAAAAGAACACCUAAGUUGUCAUGUGAUCACUGUGAUAAAAAAUUUGCCAAGCAUUUUGAUUUACGACAGCAUAUGCGCAGCCACACUGGAGAAAAGCCCUUCCAGUGUGUUGUUUGUGGGAGGUCAUUCACACAAAAAUCCAAUUUGACUAAGCAUCUCAGUACUCACAAGAUUUGGUCCAAAAGUGUUUCAACUCUUUCCAAGAAUGCAAUUCAAAAAGUGUGUCAUAAAAAGAAGGGAGGAACAGUAACAACAACAGAGUCUAUCAUUUUUGAGGAAGGGGAGGUUGAGAAAAAUUUCAGCAGCUCGGUAUCGUUUAAGGAAAACGUUCAAUCAGCUUCAGAUAAAGACUUGCAUAAUGACCAGGGAUUGCAUGAUGACAAUGAUGGAUGGGAAAUCAUAUCUGAAGAGUGUAUUGUUGAUAACUCAUACAUUUGCCAAUUUUGUGGUGCUGCAUUCGUCUCUUACUUUGAACUGAAAACUCAUCGUAAGACACAUCAGGAUGAAAAGGUGUUUUUUUGCCCCCGAAAUAAUUGUCAAAAAACUUUUCCUGAUUUGGAGUCAUUUGUGACGCAUGUUAACAAACAUGCGCCAGGGAACGCUUUCCAUCCUUGCAAUAUUUGUGGUGAAACUUUUGUAAGUCCUCCAGAAUUGUCCCAGCACAUGGAAGCACACACCAUUUCAGAGAACUCCUCAUCAAAGAAGUACCAUGCAAAAUGUCAUAAAUGCAAAAGCACAUUUUUGUCUCAAGAAGCCCUAGAGAACCACCUGAGAACAGUCAGUCAUGACCUACCUUGUCCAGAGUGCAAAAGAAUAUUUUCUUGUGAACGAAGUCUCCGUCGUCAUCUUCGUACUCAUAGCACAGUUCAUCCCUUUGUGUGCAAAGAAUGUGGCAAGCGGUUCAAGACUGUUCUCUACCUCAAUACUCAUCUCGCAAUGCAUCGAGAUGAUAAGCCUUUCGCGUGUUCUCAAUGCCCGGCAAAGUUUGCCAGGAAAGACAGGCUUUCUCGGCACCUUAAGAUACAUUCUGAUGGAGAACAGUGUCCAUUUCAAGCACAUCUGAAGUGCAAUCGACAAUUUACAAGACCUGAUAAGUUGAAGGCUCAUGUCUUAAGUCACACAGAACACCAGUUAACUAACUGCAGCUUCUGUAAGAGGCAAAUUGCAAAGUUUUCUGUGAACAAGCGUCACUAUACAAUUUCAAAUCAACAAUUUGAAGACUCACCUAGUGAUACGCUGGAUCUGCCUGUAAUGGCUGUUUCCUGUGAUGUUUCUUCUGCAGAGAUCAACAGUAAUGUAACAAUCAAUGCUAAGAGUAACACAAGUCUCAAUUUCAAUGGAAGCAUUACCCUAGGAAUGCUACAAGAUAAGCAGUCUGUUGAUAUAAAUAAUUUGAGCUGUGAAAAUGUUGAGACUAAUAGCUUAAAUUUUGACCAUAUUGUUUGUAAGAAACCAGCUAAAAAUAAGAAGGUUCCUACUAUUGGGAUCAUUGUAAUGCCCCUGUCUCAAUGUAUGCCGGGAUCAGGUCAGCAAAUAUUGUACUGAUAACUGUAUUGUUGCUGGUGUUGAACCUGUAGAAUAUCAAGUUUUGUUUUCGGAUAGUAGUUUAUCAUAUCCUCUAUUGACUGGCUCUGAGGUGAUGCUGUGCGGUGCUGCCUCUAGUAGACUGUGAUAAGGGGAGGGGUAUCACCUUGCUCAGUGCGGACCAAGAAGUGGCCGUUAUCUCUGCCCCAGCUGAUAAUUCAUUUUUGUGAUAUUUGCUGUAUUAAAUGCAGUAUUCUUGCUUUAAGCCAUUUUGUUAAAUAAUAUUCCAUUAAAUUGUGUAAAAUUGGUGGUUACUGAAGAUUUCCUUUUGGAUUGAAUUUGCUUGUAUCUCUCUCUUUUCUUGGUGUACUAUUUUAAGCAUUUGUUUGCCUUAGUGUUAAUAACAUUGCAUGUUUGGUAGGUGUCCAUCCUGUUGUAAACAGCAUUUUCCCCUUUUUACAAAUAUUUAUGGGUGACUGCCUAUGAUGAUGAUGUGUUCCAGAAACAACCGUCUUUGUUUUUUACUUUUCUUUAUGUUGGUUCUUAAUUUAUUGUACUUUUCAAGGUGAAGGUGAAGAGACAUCUUGGUUGAUAAUUACCAUAAGCAUAUUCAGCCUGGUAGAACCUUUUGAAGUAGAUGGAUCUUGUUCCUGUCAUUGUUGGUAAAAGUUCAAUCACAUUAACACUAGUAUAGAUUUGAGGUUUCUGUCCACAACCUUACACUGCCAAUAAUUGUAGACUUGUUGAGUGCCGUACUUAUGUUAGUUAAGUUAGUCAUGAUACUAUAUUCUGGUCAUUUGUUCUUUGUCCUCUUAUGUUCUGUUAAUAGACUUAAGUGCAUUGGUAAGCUGUUAACAUUUUCUCAAGACCUACACUUAGAUAUUAAGUGUAUGAAUUCUGUUUUAUUGCUUUAUUGUUGUACUAUAUUUACAUCUAAGUCUUUUGCAUAUAUUGUUUAAGUGUGAAUGUGGUUGCUAUGUAUUUAAGGUUUGCUUAUCUUCCUUACAAAUUUAUUGUGGUGAUUUUAUUUAGAUAAUCUGUGAAUUUUUGUUUUGUUUUGUGUUUUUCUUCUAUUUAUGUGACUGGGGAGGCAUCUGUCCUCAUUAUGUUAAUGCGCAAUGAUACAGAAGCUUCAAAAGCUUUAUUUUGUCUCAAAAUUGUCUCAAAAAAGCAUUGUUGGACUGCCUUAGAAAAGAACUAUGACAUGUUCACAUAGUGCCUGAAAUUUGUGUUAUAAUUAAGGUGCAAUAACUAUGGAUUAAGAUUUAUGAACAGAGCACUUCACAAGUGUACAUAUUGUCCUAUGAAUUACCUGCUUCAUCCCUUUUGUGGUAAAGUUUGCAAGAUGUGCCUCCUUUCUAGAGAUUUUCUUGGUAGUACUUUUGGAUACCAAAUUAGUCAGUUUAGUGAUUAAAUCAGUUUUAGGGAACAUUGUUCAUGGAUUAAGACUGUACUAUUAUUUUCCGAUGUUGUGACACAUUGUCCUACUUGUAGGGUGUGUGAUAUUAUUAAUUAGUAGUGAAAAAUGUGUGGGCCUAUUGUUUGUUGGUUGAGCAGUAUUCAAUUCAGCACCGCCAUCUGUUUUUUUUAGUGAUGCAAUCAAAUAUUCUCUUUUCAUAGUUGCAUGUUUGCAAUCGUUCCUUUUUAUUUUCAUAAACCAAAUAUUUUACUUCUUUGUUAUGACCUAAGUGUUAAUGCAUAAUUUCUGUGUAUUGUUGAUGUUAUAUGUUUCUCACAUUAUUUUAUAAGUAUUUAUCAUCUAAGUGUAACAGCUAAUUAAAUUGUGAUGCAUUUACUAAUUUUCCAUCUGGUGUGCAAUGAAAAUUUAUUUUUUUCUCUUUUGGUUUUGUGCCAAAUAAAUGUAAAAAUUAACAGUA